AUGUAAACAUAAUCAGGAUAGAUGGAUGAAUAGAGCCAAAAGGAGAAGCAACGAAUUUUGGACAAGGAAUAGAGAAAAAAUAAUAUGAAGAAUUAUUUUCAUUAGGAAAAAGAAUUAUAAGAGGGUUUAAAAGAGUUUUAAGCUGGGUCACUUAGAUAAUUUUAUGGAGAUGAUUCGAGUUAAGUUCAAUAAACUUCAUAAUAAGCUCCAGUUCAAUUAUUCGGUCGAAGUGGUUUUUAUAAUGAAAUUUAGAAAAAGAAUAAGGAAACUGAAAAGUUAUUAUCGAGACUCGUAAAGAAAAUGGGAGAUGCUCAUUUGAAAGUUGAAGAACUAUUUUUUACUUAAUUUAUACCAACCUUUGUCAAUGAAUAUUAAGAUCAUCUUAUAAAUGUUAAUAGAAUGAUGAAAGAACAUUUCCAAUAGAAGAUAGUAGAGAUAGAUAUAUUUUUCGCCAAUAAACCAUUUGAUAUCAAUUCAAAUAAACAUGAGAAAUCAAUAAACCUCAAAAGUAUCGCCAUAGAAGAUGUUCUAUAUUUCAAGAACUAAAUCAAGUCAAAAUCAAGAGAGCCUAUCAAAGCACCUACGGAUGUUGAUAAAUUUGCUAGGGACAAGGCAGAAUUCAUAAAAGAAUGUGAUCUUUUGGAACUAUAUAAUAACAUCCUAGAUUUGACAUUGCUUAAUAGAAAGAUCACUGUUGACAAGAAGUACUUGUUAUUAAAACUAUUGACUUUUACUGAGAGUAGAGGGAAACCUUAAUACUAGACUGAUGGCUUAAUGAUGAAGGUGUCUAGUGAUUAUGAAAUACUCUUUACUGUAUUCAUCAACACAAUUAUGAAGUGUGUAAAUUAUGAGAACCAGAAGUUCUCUAAAUUCAAUGCAAAUGAUGGUAGUGAGAGUACUUUGAAAACAAUCAGUGUAAGCAUUAUUUCGUUGGAUUCUUUUGAUUUGAAGGAAUAGAAGAUUGAGUAAUAGAGCAGGAAUUUUGUUAUUUCUUAGAAGUUGGAACAAAUGGAUCAAGAACCAUAGUUUCACUUCUACAGUGAUCAUAUUGUUAGGAUGUUAAGGAAACACAAGGAUUUAGAGAGUAAAAAGUUGAAUGAGUUUAUUUUGUAUACUUCAAGAGACAAUAAUUCAUUGAAUGGCUUCGUAUGCUAUUAUCUACUGCAUCUUUUAUGUCUUCCUAAGUAGCAGUGGCAACAAUUGCAGCAGAUUGAAAUGGAAUAAAGAAUGAUUAAGUGUUUGAUAAGAAUGGCAAAGGAUCUAUAAUUUUUAGUGACGAAUCUUUGA